AUGGAGGCAGAUGAGACGCACCCAGGGGCCGAGGUCCUGCGCGAGGCGCCCACUAUGGGCGGGGAGCGGAGAGGAGGAAUGGAGCUGCGAAGGGAGAAUGGAGCUGCCCUGCGCACCCGCCUCUCCCGGCUCCACCGAAGUUCACCCCCUCCCGCCUCCCGCCGAGGCCUGGCCCCCGGAGGCCCAGCCACCCGGGCCGCGGGGCCGGGGAGGAGCGGCUGCUGGCGGCAGAAAGGCAGGGCGCAGGCCGCUCCCGGAAGCCACGUGCGCUCCGGGGAGGCGGAGCUGGGUGCAGCAGUGCAGCCAGACUCUCCAGGGGCCUCUUUCUGCGCGCUGGGGAGAAAACCUCUGAAACAGCACUUGCUUCGGGUGGCCAGCGUGAGCGUGCAGCUGGAGAUGAAGGCACUGUGGGACGAGUUCAACCAGCUGGGCACCGAGAUGAUCGUCACCAAGGCCGGCAGGCGCAUGUUCCCCACCUUCCAAGUGAAGCUCUUCGGCAUGGACCCCAUGGCCGACUACAUGCUUCUCAUGGACUUUGUGCCCGUGGACGACAAGCGCUACCGGUACGCCUUCCACAGCUCAUCCUGGCUGGUGGCCGGGAAGGCAGACCCCGCCACACCCGGCCGUGUACACUACCACCCCGACUCACCGGCCAAGGGGGCACAGUGGAUGAAGCAAAUCGUCUCCUUCGACAAGCUGAAGCUGACUAACAACCUGCUGGACGACAAUGGCCAUAUUAUUCUCAACUCCAUGCACAGAUACCAGCCACGCUUCCACGUGGUCUACGUGGACCCGCGCAAAGACAGCGAGAAAUACGCCGAGGAGAACUUCAAAACCUUUGUGUUUGAGGAGACACGCUUCACUGCGGUCACUGCCUACCAGAACCACCGGAUUACCCAGCUCAAGAUCGCCAGUAACCCUUUCGCCAAAGGUUUCCGAGACUGCGACCCCGAGGACUGGCCCCGGAACCAUCGGCCCGGCGCACUGCCGCUCAUGAGCGCCUUUGCGCGCUCGCGGAACCCCGUGGCCUCCCCCACACAGCCCAACGGCGCGGAGAAAGACGCGGCCGAGGCCCGGCGAGAAUUCGAGCGCGACGCGGGCGGCCCGGCCGUGCUCGGGGACCCGGCGCACCCGCCGCAGCUGCUGGCGCGGGUGCUGAGCCCCGCGCUGCCCGGGUCCGGCGUCCCGCUGCCCGGCGCGCCCGGAGGCCGGCCCAGCCCCCCGCACCCCGAGCUGCGCCUGGAGGCGCCCGGCGCGUCGGAGCCGCUGCACCACCACCCCUACAAGUACCCGGCCACCGCCUACGACCACUACCUCGGGGCCAAAAGCCGGCCAGCGCCCUACCCGCUGCCGGGCCUGCGCGGCCACGGGUUCCACGCGCACGCGCACCCGCACGCGCAUCCGCACCACCACCCCGCCGUGAGCCCCGCAGCCGCCGCCGCCGCCGCGGCGGCGGCGGCUGCCGCCAGCAUGUACUCAUCGGCCGGGGCCGCGCCGCCCGGCUCUUACGACUACUGCCCCAGAUAAUGUGGGCGUUCGCCUGGGAGUCCGGUCCACCCAGCCCGGGGCCACCGCAGGCCCCCUUCCCGGGCCUCCAAGCCGUGGGGCCUCCGUCCGCCAGCCCCAGAGCUGUCCAAGGACCUGGUUCCCUGGCCCCAGGGCCACCGCGGGUCCCUCCUCGGCCCCGAGGGCCCCGGGUUCGCACAGCCAGUGCCAAAGUGCGCGGUUCGCGCCGGAAGGAAGUGAUAUUUAUUGUUCUCCGCGAGACCGCGACGUCCCCCGGCCCGGCUGGCAGUUGCAGUGUAGACGACCCGAGAACCCGUCUGCAGGCGGUGUAGAUACUUGUAGAUAUUUGUAGAUAACUGUAGAUACCGCGCCGGCGCCGCCUUGAUAAACGGUUUCGCCUCUUUUGGAA